UUGGCUGAAAGUGUGGCUUGUGGGCGGGUUACUCCUUGACGCACUCUCCUGGGCUGGGCGGGGCUAUUGAGUCCAACAGGAAAAGUAAGGAAAGGCGAGUCGGGUCGCGGGGGCAGCAGCCUAAGCAGAGAGGCCCGGACUUCCCUCUCCCCAGCCACUUGAGCCAGCUCCUCCGGGGGAAUCCCGAGGCGUUCCCUGGCCAGCCGUGAGACACAGUCCCUUUAGUGUGUCUUGGGUCUUCCUGUAGGCAUUUUCCUGGUUGGACGUGCCCGGGAAAUCUUACCAGAUGGCUGCGAUCAGGAAGAAACUGGUGAUCGUCGGUGAUGGAGCUUGUGGGAAGACGUGUCUCCUCAUAUUGUUCAGCAAAGACCAGUUCCCAGAGGUCUACGUUCCCACCGUCUUUGAGAACUAUGUGGCGGAUAUUGAGGUGGAUGGUAAACAGGUGGAGCUGGCUCUGUGGGACACUGCAGGUCAGGAGGACUACGACCGGCUGAGGCCCCUCUCCUAUCCCGACACCGACGUCAUCCUCAUGUGUUUCUCUAUCGACAGCCCUGACAGCUUAGAGAAUAUUCCAGAAAAAUGGACUCCAGAAGUGAAGCACUUCUGUCCCAACGUGCCCAUCAUCCUUGUGGGGAACAAGAAGGAUCUGCGGAACGACGAACACACUCGCAGGGAGUUAGCCAAGAUGAAACAGGAACCGGUGAAGUCCGAGGAGGCCAGGGACAUGGCUAACCGGAUCAACGCCUUCGGAUACCUGGAGUGCUCGGCCAAGGCAAACGACGGCGUGAGGGAGGUGUUCGAGAUGGCCACCAGAGCGGCGCUGCAGUCCAAGAAACGAAACAAGAAGCCCGGCUGCACCCUCCUAUAGAGGUCCUGAUGGCGGGGUGGGGGCGCCAAACAUUCCUCCUGCUCUGCCGCCACAGCGGGCAGAUUUCCAGUCCGCGUGACGGACGAGCAGGCUAAAGGAAAAGGGAAGAUUCCGAGUUCAGGAUAAACGUUCUAAGAUUUAAAAAAGUAACAGAAAAACAACGUUAUGGUUGAAACCAUCACAGCUUUUCCCACUGAUCGGGUCUGACCCGGUUCUCCAAACAAACCCGAUUCCCUGUAAAUCAGAUCAUGAAGCCCGUCAGAACAAAUCAAAUAAGCUGGUUUAGAAAACAUCCUAAAAAUACAGGAUGUUAAGUUUCCAUGUGCUAAAGUUCCUCGUUCCUGUUCUUGCCAGGAGCCGGACGGCCUAGAACAAAAAUAUAAGUCCUGAUCCAGAACCUGAAGAUCAUGAGAAGAGGGCUGGAUCAGGAGCGGUUCUACCACUGGAGCCUUUCUCACUCAUCAGGGUUAUCCCCUGCAGCUCAGAUUUACGGACCACCCCUAAACACCUCGCCUGUGACGGGAUUUCCUCGAGUCCCGAUGUGACGCGUUUCCAUGAAAAGGCAAAGAUGAGCUGUUCUUACUGGACACGUAUAAAAGGGAACCAACAGCGAUCAGCUGAGCUCUUUUCAACCAUAAACGCGUGGAUUUUAAUAAUGAAACGAGUAUUUUACAUGAAUCAGACGGUAAACGGGCCUUACUUUACCUCCAGAACCAGAAGUGGGUUCUGCCUGAGGCAGGCGGGUCUUUAAAAGACGCCUCCGUGUUUUCUGCUUUUUUCACAAAUUCAGUUAAAUGUUUGUUUCUACAGUAAAGCGUCACGAUUGUGUCUGAUUGUUCUGUUUCUGUAACGAAAGGCAAACAGGAAGUGUUUAAACGUAGAACCGGUUUGGGUUCCUCGUGUCUGAAGGAACGUGAGACUGAAUUAGUGGAAGCAGCUGUUUUCAUUCUGCUCUUAUAUAAAAUCAACGUCUGAUUUAAACCCUCAAUCCUGUCUGCUAGGUUAGCCCCUCCUCUCUUCCUGUUACCUGAUGCGCUAUUCUGCUGGCUUCUCUUGUUUUAUUUGCACAAAUAUUAAAAAAAUAAAUAAAAAAUUAGGUCAGUGGCGGCGAAGUGUGAGAUGCAAGCGGCUCCUAAAGGAUUUGUAAGAGAAAUGCUCUUUUAUAUACAAACUUUUCUUGAGAUUUCUGCAGUUUUUCAUGUAUUCUAAAGAAAAUAAAUUCAAAUAAAACGUCGA